AUGGCCAUGUCAAAACAAGAUUCAUCCUCCUCACCUGGGGGUGUGAACGUACCGGAACUACUCCUACCACCAGAACUACUCCUACCACCAGAACUACUCCUACCACCAGAACUACUCCUACAAUCAGAACUACUCCUACCAUCAGAACUACUCCUACCACCAGAACUUCUCCUGCCAUCAGAACUACUCCUACCAUCAGAACUACUAAUACCAUCAGAACUACUCCUACCACCAGAACUACUCCUACAAUCAGAACUACUAAUACCAUCAGAACUACUCCUACCACCAGAACUACUUCUACAAUCAGAACUACUCCUACCAUCAGAACUACUCCUACCAUCAGAACUAUUACUCCUACCACCAGGAUUACUCCUACCAUCAGAACUACUACUCCUACCACCGGAACUACUCCUACUGUACCACCAUAACUACUACUCCUACCACCAGAACUACUCCUACCACCAGAAUUACUCCUACCACCAGAACUACUCCUACCAUCAGCACUACUCCUACCACCAGAACUACUCCUACCACUGGAACUACUCCUACAAUCAGCACUAUAUUCCUACCACCAGAACAAACUGCUACCACCAGAACUACUCCUACCAUCAGCACUACUCCUACCAUCAGAAAUACUCUUACCAUCAGAACUACUCCUACCACCAGAACUAUUACUCCUACCACCAUAACUACUCCUACCACCAUAACUACUCCUACCACCAGAACUACUUCUACAAUCACAACUACUAAUACCAUCAGAACUACUCCUACCACCAGAACUACUCCUACCAUCAGAACUACUAAUACCAUCAGAACUACUCCUACCACAGAACUUCUCCUACCAUCAGCACUACUCCUACCAUCAGAACUACUCCUACCAUCAGAAAUACUCCUACCACCAGAACUACUCCUACCAUCAGCACUACUCCUACCAUCAGCACUACUCCUACCAUCAGAACUA